AUGUCCCAGCUGAGCCCUGCUGGCCGCCUGGCCACGACGUUCCUCCUCAUCCUCCUUGCCGCCACCGCCGCCGCCGCAGUCUCAGCUCAACAAGUCCCACAAGUCCCAGGUCCUCAUGAUCCACAAGCCCCAGGCUGCCAGAAUGACAUCGACGCACUGUGGCGCACCUGCAAGCAGUUCGUCCAGAAGGAGGGGCCCAAGCAGCCUCCGUCCGAGGGCUGCUGCAAAACCCUCAAGGCCACAGAUGCCGAUGCGUCCUGCAUCUGCGACUAUCUGAGCUCCCCCGACGCCAGGAACAAGCCUGGAGAAGGUGUUCUACGUUACCAAACAGUGCGGCGUCACUAUCCCUAA